GUUCCACCACGCAAAACUGUCAAUCAGCUGUGGUUAAAACUAUAGUUGAUUAUUCGUACCCUUGAAGUUUAAUCCUUACAAGCACGUCACCUCUCGGCGACAAAACAGACGUUUCACAGGCAACCCACUAUACAUCGGAGAUCACUACCAUGGCCGAGAAGCUGCUGCUCAUAGACACAGACUGUGGGAUCGAUGACGCCCAGGCCAUAAUGAUGGCCCUGGCCGCUCCAGGGGUGAAGGUCCUGGGGAUCACCUGCUGCUUCGGGAACGCCUCGGUGGAAGACGUCUGCCAGAAUGUGCUCCGCGUGCUGUCUGUCUGUAACAGGAGCGAGAUCCCUGUGUUCCGGGGAGCGGCCACCCCUCUGGUGGGGAACCCCGACAGGCCCUUCAACCAUUUUGGGACAGACGGACUCGGGGACGUGUUUGAGGACAGGGACUCGGAGAAGUGGAAAACUCCGAUCCAGACGGAAAAUGCUGUCAAUGCCAUGAUCAGACUGGUGUCUGACAAUAUAGGACAGGUUUCUCUUGUGGCAGUUGGUCCUCUCACAAACCUGGCUCUGGCUGUAAAGCUGGAUCCCUCUUUCCCACAGAAGUUGCAGAAGCUGUUUAUAAUGGGGGGCAAUAUGGAAGGCAAAGGGAACCGGACGGUGUGUGGAGAGUUCAACUUUGUAAUGGACCCAGAGUCGGCUUACAUCGUCCUGGAGGAGUUCCUCUGCCCCACUUACAUUGCAUCAUGGGAGUUCACCUGUAGAAACAAGCUCUCAUGGGACUUCUUCGACGAGUGGAUCAGUCAGGACACCCCCGCCGCGAAGUUCAUGAAGAAGAUCACGUCGAAGUGUUGGGGGUACUCCAGGGACACCGUCUCCAGCAAGGACGUGAUAUCCGGGCCGGGCUUCGUGUCCUACGACUCCUACGCCGUGGCGGCCGCCAUCGACGGCGGCGUGGUGACGGAGAGCGUGGAGUGCGCCGUGCGCGUGGAGCUGCAGGGGGCGCUGUGUCGCGGGAUGAUGGCCCUGGAUCUCAGCCACAAGCUGAAGAAACCGCACCGGGUGUUCGUGAUGAAAGAGUGCGACCUCGCCAAGUUCAGUGGGCUGCUGAUGGCGGCUCUGAAGCUGCCCUGAGAGACCCAGCGGCCGUACGCUGCACUGCCAAGAACUAAAUAAAACAAACGUACCUCUGAUCGGUGACGUGACGAUAUGCAUUUUCUGCUGUGAAGUUACUGGGCUUCAUUUGAGGGCAAUGCAUACAUGUCUUAACAAACCCACUACUGAUGAUUUACUGACUUAAGGAAUUGCCCCUUCAGGUCAUAUGUUGAAUAUUUGUAUAGAAUGCAAAAUAUAAAGUAAUAAAAUUUUCAUUGUGAGGCAGUGUUGUUGAAAAUGUGCACGCAAAAAAAAGAUUACACCAUGA